GCAUUCUUCAACAUUAUCAGUCAGCAAGCCGCUGGCAGUGAGGUUUGUCAGUUUAGAAUGCUACAGUUGCCAACUUCAUUUUACCGUAUUGUAUUUGUCAAAAUAGUUUUCGAAGUCGAUUCAAGUGCGUAUGAUGGAAGUGGAAUUUUCAACGGUUGAUGUUGAAUCUAAGAAGAUUCGUUGCGAAAAUUCUACUGUUGUCACGAUGUCGAAAGACGAUGAAGAUGUGCUGAGCGGUACAUCGGAUGGCGAUGUUGAAAAUAAACAGCCAGAGGGAGGGAGCGAAUCUGACAACCAACAAAACUCGUUAGGUCAGAGGAAGAAACCGAGGAGAAGGGGGAGGCAUAAAGGCGGUAGACAUCAUCGGAAGUGGAAACCUUAUAACAAGCUGACAUGGUCUGAACGAAAAGAAUUAGAAGAGCGCGAGACCAUUCGGGCGACGAUGAAACGCGAAGAAGCGUUCGCGUCAGGACAUCCCGUUGCUCCGUACAACACCACACAGUUCCUUAUUGACGAUCAUAUCCAAAGUGAAGUGUCCCUUGAUUUGACUGGAAAAGAAAAUGAUGUCAAUUGCGUUGGAUCUGGUCGGAAUGGAAAGGAUGGUUCUUUUGGUAGUGGUGAAAGUUCCGAGGAGAUGUGUGGCAGUGGUGACGAAGAUGACAUGUUCCUUGCUAAAGAAUUCUCAGAGACUUAUGACAACAUACACGCCGAACGAUUGCAGAUGAUGUCAAAAGAAGAACUUAUCAAGGACUAUCUUGACAUGGAGAGGAAAGUUGAGAGGUUAGAACGUUUAGCUAAAGACAUUGAUCAACAUAACCCAAAAGGCGUCACUCGAGAUGGGUCGACAGGGGAUAGGGACAGUUCUGAUGGCCAGUCACUGAGCAGCAGUGGAGAAGAGCCAAUCGAUGUCGUCAGUGUCAAAAAGAUAGAAGAAGAAAUAAAGAACCUGAAAGAUGAGAACAACCAUCUGAAAGCUGAAAUUGGAAGACUGAAGAAGAUAUAAGCCUACUAAGUAGGGAUGUGUUCUGUGUUUGGUCAGUUAUGUUUACAUCAGUCAUGAAAUCUACACCACUGGCAUUGAACAGGUGACCGAAUUCAGCACCUUGGGACUGGCUCAUUAUUACCAGAGGGGUAGCAGGUAGUAAUUGCCAAACCAUGCCUGUCAACGGUAAACUUUAUUGUUGCAUUUACCAGUCCCUCAUACCAUCAGGUUUAUUUUGUAUAACAUAAUAUGUGUAUAAUUUACUUGUUUGAUAAGUCCUUACAAACUACUGCCAGUUGUAGUUUUGUCCUUAAAGAGACAUAUUCGAACUGUUGUUAAACUGACCAAAGCUCCGAUUGUGUGCUCUUGCGUUCAUGUCAAAUGGGCCGAAAAUGCAGACUCUCCGAUACAGAAUGUACAAGUGUUCUAUACGAUUGACACUGAAUGCGAGAUUGCGUCCGACGUGAUGUAUAUGAACCGUUCUUCUUGUCCGAUGACUAUUGAUUGACAUCUCGAAUUUGCGAAGCAGUGAAACGGUUGUCAGAUAUAAGCUUUUAACCUGUUAAGUAACGAAAAGGGAAAGAAGUGAUUGUGCAAAUGUGCAGCAAAUGUAAUUAAAACAUUGUAUCAGCAUGUCUUGCUUCAUGCGCUUUGUGCGCCCAUUUAAAAUUCAUUUCAUAAUGAUCAUCCAUAUUAGGGCAUUUUUUCAAGAAUUUCUAGAAUAAAAUGAUUAACAGCGGUCUCUAUUUGUUGAAAUGAUAUAUUCAUAUUUUUAUACAAUUUUUAUUUCAACGUUUGUGGAUCAUUUUGCCACAGUCUUUCCUUUUUCUACAAAAUUUGGAGAAAAAAAAUACAAAAAAAUGUUUUAUCUUGUGAAGCCCAGUGCUUAUUCCUGUUUUAAGACAAAAUGUUAUGACGAAUAAAAUCAUUGAAAUACCGAA